AUGGUGGUAGCUGCACCAGCAUCAGAUUUGCCAAGUAUAUCACCAACAUCUACUACAGCUGCGCCUAGUUUACCGCCACCACCUCCCCCAUCAUUACCUGGCUUACCACCACCACCUCCACCACCUGGGCCUGGUUUACCUCCACCACCUCCGCCACCUGGGCCUGGUUUACCGCCACCGCCUCCUGGGGCACCAGGUCUACCUCCGUCACAUGGCACCAACUUAUUACCAAAAGCAAGCUCAAAAUUAAAGAUUUUUAACUGGACCAAAAUUCCUCAGCAUAAAAUUGUAAACAAAACAAACAUAUGGACUAUAAUGGCAAAUGAUCGCCAAUACAAAUGUGUAGAAAUGAUUGAUUUCAAAGGCAUCGAAGGAUUAUUCUGUUUGCAAACUCAAAAUAAAAUCAAUAAAGGUGCAGAUGUGCUGGAUGGUAGUAGUAGCAGUAGUUUGUGUAAAAAGCCUGAAAAGGAACCGAAAAAAAUACUAUUGCUGGAUGCUCAGAGCAGCCUGAAAGUAAACAUAUUCUUAAGCCAAUUUAAAGGCUAUAAUUCAGAAGAUAUUGUCCAACUAAUACGCUCUGGCGACAAUAAAAUUAUAAAUCUGGAAAAACUUAAAGACUUGGUAAAAUUUGUGAAAAAUGAAGAUGAUAUGACAUUAUUAAAAAACUUUAAGGGAGAUCGUGAACGUUUGGGAAAUGCUGAGAAGUUUUUAAUUUCAUUGGUGGAAUUGUCGAACUACCAAUUACGCAUUGAUUGCAUGUUACUUAAAGAAGAAUAUGCUCUGAACAUAGAAUAUUUGGAGCCCAGCUUAACUGCCAUUUUAAAAGCUGGGAAUGAUCUCAUAACGUGUAAAAUGUUACAAGAUAUUUUAGGUAUUAUAAUCGUUAUUGGAAAUUUUCUAAAUUCCGGUCGCUAUGCUGGCAAUGCAACGGGCAUUGAGUUAUCUUCCUUGAACCAAUUAACAGAGUUAAAGGCUAAUAAAACAGGCAUGCAUUUGCUGCACGUUAUAGCCAUGGAUAUCGAGAGAAAUUAUCCUGAACUAUUGGAUUUUAGCAAUGAAUUAGGCUUUUUACAAAAUGUUUCAAAAGUCAAUAUAGAUCAAAUUGAAACGGAUAUUAAGGGUUUGGAAUGUGCCUUGGAUGUUAUUCAACAACAAAUGAAACUGUCAACAACCGAUGAGGACAUCAAACAGCAAAUGGGUGAAUUUUUAGAAAAUGCAGCAGAUAAAAUGGAGUUUUUGAGAAAACAAUUUGAAGAAUUGAAAUCUUUACGCGUUACAAUGGCUGAGUAUUUUUGUGAGGAUGUGGCCACUUUUAAAGUGGAAGAAUGCUUUGAUAUAUUCCAUAAGUUUUGCCUACAAUUCAAGAAGGCUCUAAAGGAAAACGAACGACGUCAACAGUUGGAAAUACAGGCCCAAAAGAGACAGCAGCAAAAAGAAGAACAAUUAGCUGCAAAAGAUGGAUGUGGUAAGUAA